AAAUUGAAAAAAUAGAUACACAACUAAUUUUUCAGUUAACAGUCUUAAGUGAGAAAUAUUGUAGUUUUUUCUCCCAUCGAGUCAUACCAUUCCUGAGCAUCACUGGUGGCUAAAUCAUAAUAACAACAAUAACAACAACAUUAUGGCUAAAGUGAAGGCAAUUCCCGAUCCCGAGCGAAAAGGUAGUAAACCGGUCGAAAUGCCGGUGUCUAUGAAUCUAAAGGAUCUGCAGAUCAAAGGUGUUGGUAAACCAGCGGCGGCUCAGACACCGACUACAGCCAAAGAUACUAUGCCUAAGCACAUACACACUGGUGUACUGUCGGAACUGGUGUUGACUACCAUAGAUGAGGUGGUACCACACAAGUCAUACUAUAUCGGUAAAGGCGAAAAACGGCUCAACUGUGGACAGGUAUUAAAAGUGGUGGCCAACGGUAGCUUUGUUUCUCUGAAAAAGUCCGGCGAUGUAGCCAUUGAACAGACUGUUCCCAAAAACUAUUCAAAGGACAAACAGAUUACCAUUAAGAUUGGCUCCAAUCAGUCCAAAGAUGCCGUAAUUAUUGUCGGAGCCAACGGUUGUCUGCUAUUGGAAGCCAAUUCGCUGGCCGUACUGGAUAUGCCUGUGUUUGUCGUAGAGCCGACCGGCGACUACUAUGCAGCCGAAUCGGGACAGAGAAAGUUUUUGUUGGGCCCCGGCAUCCAUUUGAUUGCUUUUACGGACAAAUUGUCUAUUUUGUAUGUACGGGCCAUAUCGGUGACCAAAUCGGACGAGAAGACAGCAUCAAAAUCUACGUCUAAAGAUAGUGGUAAAAAUGUUACACCAAAACCACCGGUGGUGGCCAAAGUGGACAGUAAUGCAUCUAAGACUGCAUCGAAAACGGCGUCCAAAGAUAGUACCAAAAAAGUGGACAACAAAGAUGCCAACAAAACGGUACCGAAAACAGAAUCCAAAGAUAAUACAAAAAAAGUAGCGGCAAAAGUGGACAACAAAGAUACCAACAAAACGGUACCGAAAACAGUAUCCAAAGAUAGUACCAAAAAAGUUGCGGCCAAAGUGGACAACAAAGAUACCAACAAAACGGUACCGAAAACAGAAUCCAAAGAUAAUACAAAAAAAGUAGCGGCAAAAGUGGACAACAAAGAUGCCAACAAAACGGUACCGAAAACAGUAUCCAAUGAUACAACAAAAAAAGUCGCGGCCAAAGUGGACAACAAAGAUUCCAACAAAAUAGUACCGAAAACAGUGUCCAAAGAUAGUACCAAAAAAGUUGCGGUCAAAGUGGACAGCAAAGAUGUCAACAAAACGGUACCGAAAACAAUAUUCAAUGAUACAACAAAAAAAGUCGCGACAAAAGUGGACAACAAAGAUGCCAACAAAACAGUACCGAAAACAGUGUCCAAAGAGAACAACAGUCAACAACUGACCAAAAAGUCGUCGACACCUAAACUGAAAAGCGUAUCAUUGAUCACAAGUCGUUCGCAGUCAUCAACUGGCGAUAAUUUGCGAGUCCAGUCACGCGAUGGUGGUUCCAGAGGUGGCAGAGGUGCCAGUAAUACAAUGAUUGGCCUCAUCUAUAUAGUACUGGCCGUUAUCAUAGCCUUAGCUAUCUUGUUGUUUGUCUACCGGCGCCGCAAACGUCAGUCGUGCGGCAAGUGUGACAUUUGCCACAAAUAUUUCAAAUGAAUUAUUAUUAUUGUUUUAAUUAAGACAUAAAAACAAAUAUA